CAGAUAAGGACCUCUCCGGAAAUCAUUCUAGAAAACCGUGUCAUAUUUUCUCUUCUUUUAUAAGACGGUUCUAACUAGAUGCCAAAACAUGUUGGUGACUUUACUUGUUUCAACGUUACUCUUCGUUGGAGAUGUGUCUGCUGCGACAAAUUUGACUUCCACAAUUAAUGCUUUAUUCCAUAAAUUACAAAAUAUGCAGACGACGAAAUACAAUCCAGCGGUUCCGCCAUUGGUAUGGGCAAAGUUCCCUGGAGUCUACGAAAGUGAUGUCAAAAUGUAUUUCCAUGGAGAUCCGGUAGAUUCUACCCUUCGGUACUCCUUCGGAGUGUUCGAUAAUAAUAUGUUCGCUACAGCAUGGGUAACAACGUGUCUCUUGGAAGCGUACAAUUAUGGAACGGCGCCUAAACCAACUGCUGAGAUGCUGGAUUUGUCCAUCAACUUUAUCAUGGAUCAUCAUAAUAAAAACCUAAACUAUACAAACUCCAUAAUGGCAUUCUGGCCACAAAUUUACAAUGAACAAGCAAAGGGAUAUGUAAGUACACCAGUCAAUCUAUUGGAUCUUUUCAACUCUACAUACCUCAUAGACUGGGACCCUGUAUACAAGGAACUUGAUAACUUAGGACUCCAUCAUGUUACCGAAACCAUUAAAAGACUUCUAGCAACAAGGGAAGGUUACAAGCGCGUAUUUCAGAUUCCGCCGGAUUUCGACGACACGUCUGUUAAUCUUGGAUUGGGUUCCUUGCUGAAGGACUUUAUCUCCGAAUUUCCCAACUCGGCCGUGUUGUGGCAGUCAAGAAACACGAAUCUUUCGUCUAUCUUCACAGCCUUGAAGCACUACGCCUACAAACCAACGACCAACGAAACCAGAGUUAAUACCAUAGAUACACGUACCUACUUCUACAUGAGAAGGUUCCUAGAGGAUGUGAAAGCUAAAAACAAGAGUCUGUCAUUAGUUACAACAUGGGUUCAAGACUUUGAUGACUUGAAAACCCAGUAUUACCACGGCAUAAUAACGCCCAGUGAUGUGAACAACGUUGACGUCACAGUGUCGGCAAACGCACUAUAUGGAAUCACCAACAGUAUCCUUUCUGGACUAGCUACCACAGAGGUUCUGGAAGAUCCCGAAAUACAGCAAAUAUACCUGAACACAUCUACCAUGAUCGCCUUCCAGAUCAACACUAAUUUCUCCUCUCGUCCAGAUCUCGCAUUGACAUACUACCCCUCUGUCAUGGAAUUCUAUUGGUUCGUUGCAAGGACGUAUGCGCAACUGACUCGACGUCAUCGCGGUGGUGGUCUGCCUCAUCCGGCGAUGAACACAGUGAUGGAGGAGCUUAGACAGGCUUUGUGUGAAACUAUGACAAAAGCUGUCACGAAGGAAGCUAUCUAUAACACAUCCACCAUGGCGUAUUUUGAAGACUUCCUAGGAAACGGAGAUCGUGACAAGGAUGGAAAUCCAGUGAAAUAUGGCGAAGACAGACUUUUUACCACUUCGAUGGCAAUCAAUGCACUGAUUACGACUUGGACCUACUACAACGACAAAACUGGCCAUCUUCACUGGGAUGAGAACACUCCAUCUGACGUCAAGAAGGUUGUGGCAGCCUCUGUUAACUUUCUGAAUACCUACAUUCUCGGUGAAGAAUACAAACCUUGGAAUAUGUUCUUCUCUGGGUCUUUUAAAGGUUUUGGAACAUCUUGGUCUCAAUAUCCCGCCAAUCGUAACGAGCACAUAAACGGAACCAAAAUUCGAAUUCGUGGAAUGGAGGGUGUGGCCGACGAAUCCUGGUAUGACCAGCAGCUAAAGUCUCUAAAAACGCCCACUAUUUUCCAUGGUUACAACAAUGACCCCUCCUACUUUCCAUUUUGGUGCUCCGAAUCUUACACCUACGUCACCAGUAUGCUGGCUCUCUCGACCUAUAACAAUAUUGCCGAAAGUAACAUGAGUAAUCGGUGAUUUUCCGCUUUGUCCAA